AUGGUCGUCCCGAUCAAGUUUCUCCAGACGAGAGAGCAGAGGAUCAGCUUGGCUGUGGGCGUGGGUGUCUUAUGGCUGCUCUGUAGUCUCUACUCUUUCUGUACAGCUACAUACAAACACAUCCCCGGCGCAACAGAACUAGCUUCAAAAUCAUAUCCAAGGGACAAGAUACUGAUUCUGUCUUACUAUUCUGAGGGAAACCCGGAACUAGAGGAAUAUUACAGACUCACCUGGCCAAAUAAAGUCGAAUAUGCUGCUAGGCAUGGUUAUUCAAUUGCAGAAGCAAACGAGUUCCCUGCUGUACGGAAUGUACAAGAUAUUAAUCCUCGUUAUGUCAAGGUCUUGGCCAUCCUGUCUGCAUUAACAUCGGCCAGAGCCCCUGAAUGGAUUAUGUGGAUUGACGCAGACGCAUUCUUUCUAAACCAUACGAGAACAUUGGAAGAAAACUUGGACGAUCACUACGACUUGAUUCUUCCUACUGCCGGAAAGCCACCAACAGACAAAUACAUGAUCAACAAUGGUGUCUACUUCAUCAAAAAUACCCCUUGGAGUCAAUACUUUUAUAGAACAAUGUGGGAAUGGGUCGUCGAGAACAAGAAGUCACACGAAUGUCCAAGGGAUCGUUAUGGAAAGCUUAUUGAUAUAACGAAAAAUCAUAGUGGGGCAUGGUAUGUUGGAUCCAAAAAGGUGCCGCUAUGUGGUGGUCAUGCUCAGUGGAAGGAUCAAGCAUUACUGAUGAUUACACUGGCAAACCCACCAUCAAAUAUGGCAUGGACUGAGCCGUCACCCGACAAUUUAUACUGUCAUGUAAAAUAUGUUGCAUUUAGAGACUUUAAUUCGGCACCUCCACGAUGGUUGCCCGGAGAUCUGGUGGUGCAUAUACCCGGCAGAUAUCACGAUGGCAGAAUGCUCAUGAUGAGAGAAUUCUUUCGACUAGCUGACUUUGAAACAGGCACAGUUCGAUGGGAAGACUCGUACUUCAUCAAAGUUGACUUUGAAAAACAAGCUCAUCUUUCAACUCCUUCAGUGGCAACACCAGCAGACCUCACACUGUUUCAGUACGAAGGCAGGCACGGCUGGGACUUCAAUAUACCGUGUCCUAAGAUUUAA